AUGCGUUCUUUAACGAUACUUUCCACACUAUACUUAACUCUCUUUUGCUCGGUUCCCACACUCGCUCUCACCGGCGGCACAGCAUGGGUCAACUUCUACAAAGACUGUCCCAACGAGAUCAGCGAAAUUGAGGAACUCACAUUCACCGUCUCCUCCCUCAAACAAUCCACUGGAAACCGAGCAGAGACCCAAUCUUCACCUAGUCCAGUACAUUCCACCGAACCAUCUCCAUCCAGUUCGGCAUCCCAUUUCCCAUCAUCGUCAGCAUCAUUGGGAUCACGCAUAAAACCAGACUCAACAUCGUCCUCAGUCCUCUCCAAAAGAUCACAAUUCCGCUCCGCCAUCGUAUCCCGCAAUACCGAAACGGCAACCAUCCGCUCCCCCGCCGUCAACAUAACCCAGGGCCAAUGCCAACCGGUCCCCAUCAUGACAGCACGACACAUCGACUCUGGCUCCGUAUCCGUGGUUGCUCAGCUUCUCACCAUCACACCCUUUCAAGACUGCAAUAUCACCGUGCAUGAAGUGCCCGGUUGUAUUGAUGAGCCGCUGCUCGUGGCGCCCGUCGAGAACCGCCAGGUACAGAGUACAUGCACGCCGAGGAAUUUUGGCGCUUUUAGUGAUGUGUGGGUUCGAUUGGACUGUUCGGAGAUUGGGACUGAUUUGAAGAGGCCGGUUCGACGUGUUUUCUGA